UGUGGAGCCAGGGUCCGCUACUAAAGUAAAAGUUCAUAUGUAAAAGUUCAUAUGUCAGAAAGAUUCAACUUUUAUUAAUCUCGCUGUCUUCACUUCGACCUACAUUUUAGGCUUUCCACAACCGGGUCAACCUACCUAGAAUGUCGAUUACGUGUAAGUAAUGCGACUAGCGAGAAUAAUACUUCGAGAUGUGAAGCCAAAGCAUUUCGCCCUCCAUCCUCGGUUCCUGCUCCCGUUUCGACAUUCUCGGCUAGACAGGAGAGUUGCUUGGUUAUCUGCUGGAUGGGCAGGAGAAAAUGCCCAGUGCUACUCUUCGGCGACAUUUUUGAACGAGUCAGAGAACCCUGUCGAUGUGCUCCUAUCAGAACUAUCCGACGACCACCAACCGACACAGAUAGGACAGAAGCUACCUACGCAGCCGAACUUUGACCAACUAAUUCAAAAGUCAGAAUCGUUCAGAAAAUGGGCAGCAUUAUUGUCAGACCCCUUCCGUCUUGCUAUUGAGUCUGACUUUUACCGACUUGGACCAGCGAAGAAAUGGCCGAGACGGUUGUUGGUGGACACGUUCAAGCAUCGUGGUGAUCUCGCUUUAUGGAGCUGCCUUUUGAAUUUUCAGAAGAGAGUCAACGGUGAUCCCGGCGUUAGGCACGUCUGGAAGGCCCUUUGGGGGCGAAAGACACUAUACGAUGUAAAGAGUCCGCUUGCACCUGUAUUCUGGCAAACAAUCCUGGAUGCUGCGGUGAGAUCGGAGGACGUAAAAUUCUUAGAGUAUGUAUGGAUCUACAGCGAAUGGAUGUACGACCUACAUGGCGUAAGAUGGCCACAACUCUACUCGACCGUGCUAUCGCAUUUCCUUCGAACACACCAACACCAUCAGGCCUUGCAAUGGCAAUUGCGGCUCAACCCGAAUUUCUAUCCCGGCGCGGAGGAGUUUGCGCGCUUGAUCAAGCAGUUUGCAGAUGAUCCGGAACUUUACCAUCCCCCUACGCUUGAAUCACUUUACGUCGUAAAUCCUGAUCAUCGGCUGUACGAUACUAUUAUACCGCAUUUGUAUAACUUGGGUGCUUCCCAAUUAGCAGCAAAGUGGCGACGAAUUUGCAUUCGACAUGACGAUAUACCCUCGGCGCUUGUACCUGUUCGACCAUUUCUGAGAUUCCUGCAGGGAUAUUUCCCACGCGCAUCGCUCCACCCUAGCGAAUCGCUCCACUUUAGCGAAUCUGUUGUUUUCAACCCUAGUGUUGAAUCCGUAGAAGAUGCUGCACAUAUCGAACUCUCACGAGAAUUUGUCAAUCGUGUGCACGGCGGGACCUUUGGCAUCAGUGUCAAGAACUACAACGACAAUUUAGGGGCCAAGUGGCUAGCUAGCUCCUGGGUCAGUUUGGAUGCUGCCAUAUCGACAAUCGCAGCUCUAGGUAUUGAACAAAUCGGCCCACUGUCGUUGCAAUCGAUUGCCUUAAGAGAAGGAACAUCAAAGGGUGUCUUGAGCCGUAUCGAGCAGCUGAAGGAGCAGGGGAUCUCGAUCGUCGAUUCAAGCUAUCUGAGACUUGUGCUCUUUUUAGCUAGGAUGAGAGAUGACGAGCUUUUACUCGAUCUCCUAAACUGCGACCUUCAUCCAGACGUGUUUGAUGAUCAUGAGCUCCUAGCACAGCUCAUCGUCUCCACAGCCAAUUCGGGAGAUUGGCAGACUCAUCGGGUUGUACUAGCUUCAAGGCUCGUUGCGUUGAAAGAAUUCAGUCGAGAAGCGACCAACGCACUCGCUCGCGCUUACGUAUUACGAAGAGAUCGACAGGGGCUCUCUACACUGCUUACUGAUAUGAAGGCCAUGGAAAUCGUGGUCAAUGAAGAUGCAACCAAUCUCAUAUUCGACAGUCUCGUUACCGAAGCCAAGUCUACUUACCUUUCCGAGAAGUCUCUCUACUUCUAUCUACCUAUUUGCCGACAGCUGGCAUCCAUGGAAAUCCCCGCGCCUGUUCGUUGUUGGAGGAAGAUUCUGUUUUGUCUUGCUCGGCAAGCAAGGCUGGACGAGCUAGAAAAGACCUGCGUCGAGUUAGUGGAUAUAUUCACCUCUCCGCACUCAUCACGUCCUGGCUUUACCCCCGUACACCCAGAGAACAUACCGGAGCCCAUAAAAAAACCACUAUCUGGUGUCGAGAACCUCUUGGGUGUUUACAUUCCCGUAGACCUACCAACGCGCACACCACUCCACCCACUACACCAAAUAUUCGAAGAUAAGCUGAUUGGGACUAUUGUACGUUACUCAUUUUACACCUUCUCAAAACAACAGAGCGAGAUAGCCCUAGGCUUGCAGAUACAUCGCCAGCAACCCGGAGGAUUUAAUGGUGGCCGGGCCAUUAGACUGCUACGGUUACUUCACGAUCGAGGCCUAUUCUUUCAUAAAAAGCAUCUCGUCACUGCGGUUAAGUUACGUCUCGUCACUUUCUACGGUCCUGGUUAUCCGGCGAAGAAAAUCCACCAGCUUGCUCGAGCCAGGAAUGUCCUAAGCCUAUCGAAAAUGAAGUCGUUUUUAGACGAAGCUUGGGGAGAAGAGUUUCUCCCGCCGGUUGAGGUCCUCCAAGCGGAGAUUGAGACUCUUGGCCGGAAGAUGAUGUUAAAAGAUAGGGAGUACCUACGGCGUAUGGGAAAGACGACGCCACGACUUCAUGUCGUUCUAUGACUCUAGCUACACUACGUAUAUAUGAUAGCAUAGAUAUGCCUACUCAUUCGCAUGGGAUGUGAAUUUU